AUGACGCACAACGCUGCGGUAUGCGGCGCAACGCAGCGUCACGACGCAGCAUUUAGCGUCGCUGCGGAGAGGUGGUCAGUUGAUUUUGCCGCAGCUACCAAGGUAGACGUGAACAUGAACAAUUUUUCUGUAAUUUGUGCUUUGCUUGAAGAGGAGGAAGAAGAAGAAUUUUUACUGCUUCUGAAUAGACAAAGAAAAUCUCCGAGGAACAUGUUUUUACAACGGAGGAGUGAAGUGACGCACACCGCACACCGCAGCGUUGAACCGAGAAUGACGCCGCGCUGUGCGGCAGUACACCUCCCCACUUCACCGCGCUUGCCCCUCGCCGCUGACGCAUACUGCGACGGAACAAGAGAACAUUCUCGACGUUUUUCAUACGAUUGA